AUGCCUCCAACCAUAGGUAUUUUCUCACGACGCAAAUGUAGCGGUGACAAAUCGCUCAAAGCCACGCCGUGCCCCCCGCAAUCCGAUCCCUACAUCCACAUGGGGACAACCUCCUCCACGAGCGCGGUUGAUACCCUCCCCCAUCUCCCGCAAGUUCCACAGCCACCGCAUUCUGCCCCACUUCUAGUGCCCCCUAAAAAGAAGAGCCUCCCAAAGCUCCCGCAGCCCGUGGCUUCCGGAUACGCAUCCGAGAGCGCCGGACUGGUGUUUGCACCCCGCCUCAACCGUUCCAAGACAUCAACUUUCGAUGAGCCUCCUCCCUCCGCGCGGGGCAGCACCCACAGUAGAUCAAAGACUUCACUCAACAGAUCAUCAAGCACAGGCCCAGGAGGAAGUCGGAGAACAAGGUCAUUCGAUCAGAAUCAGCCCAUGAUGGACUCUUUCCCAGCUCCUCCUGGUCAUCCCCAAAUAAUUUAUCCAGCUCCCCCGAACUCACCAGUAAAUCGGAGCGCGCCUCGUAAUAGGGUCCCGGUCCCGCGGCGGCCCUCGACGUCGCAACAGCAGCUCUAUUCACCCGUGUCGCCGCUUCAAGGUUUGCAGACAGUAUACUCACCUGUAUCGCCGCUGUAUCUGGCGAGUCCACCUUUGUCACCGGAGGAUGCGGCGGAGAACCCACAACUUGGCUACAAUGCUAUUGGCGCGGCGGAUUAUAGAGGGACGGGGCAGCAGGAUUUUACGAGGGAGAUUGGGGAGUUGAAAAAGGCGAUAUAUCUUCGAGAUAACGUGAUUGCAAAAUAUGCCGCCAACUUUGAUAUCGACCAGGUCAUCUCGGCCCCACCCACGCAAUGCGAGAACCAGCGUGUAAACCAGAUAAUCUCCUCUCGAGUCCGAGAUGUCCAAGCGCCCCAUAACGAUCAGGAAAACCAACCCUUCCAGCCACUCCACAAUUUAAACAAUCCCAAAAGAGAAUCUAAUCCCGAAGACCUUGAGAAGAUCCAAAAGCUAAAACGCCUAGAGCGCGAACUCGUCGACGCAGUCCAAGGGAAAGAGCGAGAGCUCGAAUACCUACGAACCCACAGCCAAGGCUACCAAGAGAAGCUAUCGGCCCUAGAAAGAACCAUCGCACAGAAAGAUGAAGAGCUCGAGAAUGCCCGAUUUAAGCUCCAUGAAGCAAACCGCCACCGACCUACCCCGUCUAUGGAGGGCAUCUCCGACAUGGGCCUGGCCGAUAUUGGGCGAAAGCUCAUGGAGGAAAUCAGGCGGCGAGAGAGGGCUGAAAAGAAGCUAGCAGAGACGCUUGUAAAAAAUAGAUCAGACCUGGAAACAGUCUUGAUGGAGGAGGAGCGGAAGAGGGGCGACAUCAGAGCGGCCGUCUGGAAGGAGUUUGAGCAGAAUCUCCAGAGCGAGGAGCGUAGGAGGGAGGAGAUGCAGAAGAGGUCAAAGGAGCACCUGGACCACGUUCUAGCGGAGGAGGAAAAGAGACGGGUAGAGCUGAACUGGCUAUACGGCGAGAAGAUCGAGAACAUCGAGCUCUUGAGGCGCAGCGAAGAGGAGGAAUACAAGCGAAAUCUAGCGGCGUUACGGGAGGAGAAAACACGACUAGAGAAACAAGUAAAAGACAGUGCGGAAGAGUCGGAGAGGAGUAGACAGUCUGUUCGUACCCAGAGGGAUGCGAACGAAGAGCUUCUUGACAUGACCAAGAGGAUUAAUACUCGUUUGGGGGAAGAGAAAAAGAAGAAUAGACUCCUCGAGGAGAAAAUGAACCAGAUCUCCGAGGACGCGCUGAACAACGUCUCAGGCGCAAACCGCGAGGUUUCCAUGUUGAAAAACGUGAUCGAAGACAAGGACGCGCAGAUUCAAUACUUUGAACGAGAGCUUGCGGCAAUCAAGGCUGAAAGGACUGGCAUGCAAGAAGCUUGGGGAGGGCUAGAAAGCGAACUUGAGGAAUCUCGAAAGGCUCUUCUGGAUCGCGAUGAAGUGGUGAAAGGUCUAGAAGAGGAGAAAUCUGGGGUGGCAGAUAGACUAGAGGCCUACCGGAAAGAGUUGGAAGACUUCAAACAGCAGGUCAGCACUGACGACCAGCGAGCCAGGAUUCCCGAGAUGCAGGAUAUGGUCAAGGUCAUGGAAUCGAUGAAGGGCGAUAUCGAGCUCUACAAGCAGGACGUGAGGGGAUACAAGAAGGACGUCAAGAAGCGGGAUAACCUCAUAAGGGACUUGAAACGGAGUGUUUUUGAACUAGAAUCGCUUCUAGAGAAAAAAACAUCGGAAGCGAGGGCUCUACAAAACGCUCUCGACACCCAGGGGGGUUAUCGAGCAGAUUCUCCAGCCUCCAUGGAUAGCUCUGGCACCGAGUCAAAGUCUACGUCCCCUCUCCCCGACGGCACUGCAAUGCUCAAAUCCAAGAUCCAAAUGUACGAGAAAGAGUACCGGACAAUCUACGAGGAACACGAGGCUCUCAAGAGGAAGCACGAAAUGUUCAGCGCUCAGCAGUCACUCAUGCUCGCAGAGAUGGACCGCCAGCUAGUCCGUGCCCGCAGGGAAAAGGAUGCAAUUGAAGCGUCUGCAAUCAAGCAGAUCAAGAAAAUCCAGCAAGGGUUUUUGAUACUCUCGCAAAACGCUGUGGCUGGGCAACUGGCUGGCAUUGGCGGUGCUGCGGCGCUAAAGAAGUAUCAAGAGGUCCCGUUGCCUCCGAUACCAAAGGGCCCGCCACAGGAGCCGCUGCCAGUGCCCAAGAGGUCAAACACUGGGUCGCGGAAAGGUGUGAACAGGACUAAAUCGGGGAGGAGACACUCUUCACUUUCUGGCAUAACACCGCCGGCCCUUGGAGUGGGGAAGAUGGAGCCUGUGCCAAAGAUAGUUACUCACAAGUCCAUGGAGAAGCUAAAGUCAAGCCCCAAGUUGAUGGACGAUGAAGAGGAGGUUAUCGAAUGGUGA